UUCCAUGUCGUUUGUAAAUAAGACGGAAAAGCCUCAAACUACCGUGCAAAAGAUGUCGUAAUAAGAGCAACAGUAAAGGAUAGCGCAGACGGUAUCGCAUGUUGAACAGCGAGCUGCGGUGUGAAAAAUGAAAAUCAGUACGGAAAAAUGAUGAGCUCUUUGACCUCAUUGGAGAAAGAAGGAAGAGAAGCUGACCGCCGAAUUUCGAUCAUCUUCUACUACAGGAUUGCUAAUCAGCUCGUCCACCAGGAGCCCAAAUUUCGUAGGUGACUUGGAAUCUUUUUCUCUAGUUUUGCAGAAGGAUUGACGUUGAUAGGUAUGUUUAAAACUGGAUUCGCAGGCUCUCUGAAGUUAUAAAUCAGCAUCGGAGUUGGACGACACCAUUCAACACAAGAAAAGCUUCGUUAUAACAAGGUUAGAAAUUCUGUCCUAACAGAAUUGAGGGACCCAAGGUAUGAGAUUUCACUUUUUCCACAGAAAAUACGUCCACUUCAGGGAACCCCAAUACAAAAUUUCAAAGGUUACCAUUUCUAUGCAGAAUCUUCUUCAGUGCCGAAUAUAAAUUUGUGUUUCUGUUUUGCUAUAAUAUGGCCUGGUGAUGAUUUAUUAAGAAAAAUCUGGGAUGGCAUCUAUACACUCCAUGGAUUCUAGAACUAGUUGCUCCCCGCUUGAAUUGCAUUGUGCAACCAUUAAGACAGCCAGCACAUGUCAGCGUAUUAUCGUUCAUACUGUUACUCUGUCAUCUCCUUCUCCUAUAAUCUCUUGCAUAGAGAGUUUGCCUCAAGGUGCACAUGUUUCACAUAUUCCAGUGGCUGAUUCAGAGCAUGGACACUCAAAGUCAUCUACUGAGUCAACCACAUCUCAGGUCUUGCGAGAUGUACAUAUAUCGCCACGGUUGAUGGAGGAUUUUCUUGAGCUUGCUAAAGAAAACACGGACAAGGAUCUGGAAACCUGUGGAAAUCUUGGCGCCUUUCUUGAAAGAGAAACAUUGUACGUAACCACUCUGAUCAUACCCAAACAGGAAUCGACUUCCAGUUCUUGUCAGGCUAUAAACGAGGAGGAAGUUUUUGCCAUUCAAAAUGAGAGAUCUCUUCUUCCUGUGGGUUGGAUCCAUACACAUCCUUCCCAAAAAUGUUUCAUGUCAUCAGUAGAUUUGCACACUCAGUAUUCGUAUCAGGUAAUGGUCCCUGAGGCUUUUGCCAUUGUCAUGGCUCCAACUGAUGCAUCAAGGAGCUAUGGAAUAUUUCGGGUAUCCGACCCGGAUGGAAUGGGUGUUCUGAAAGAGUGCCAAGAGAAUGGAUUUCAUCCUCACAAAGAACUAGCAGAUGGGAGUCCCCUUUAUGAGCAUUGCUCUUAUGUCUAUAAAAAUUCAAAUCUGAGGUUUGAAAUCUUUGACUUGCGUUGAUAUCCUGAGUUGCUUACUCCUUGCAACAGAGCUUGGCUUGAGGGGUUUGUUCCAUAUAAUGCUGCUGCUAUUUAUAAUAAUACCUUCCUGUUAAUUGUAUGUACAUAUUUACUAUUUAGAGUUAAAUAAUGAAGACGAGCUGCAGCCUUCCGUGUUGAUUUAGGAAAAAGAAAAUAUGAGCUACACUUUUCUUGUCUA